GACUAGUGGAGGAGCCCGGCUUCGCGGCCAGACGGUGCCUUUACUAGGUGUUACGGCCCAUCUCGGCCCCCGUAGCCGAGCCGAGCUCAGCCGCCGAGCGGCAGCCGCUUUGGCCAUGGCUGGUGAGCUGGAGGGCUGCAAGCCCCUGAGCGGGCUGCUGAGCGGGCUGGCGCAGAACGCGUUCCACGGAAACUCGAGUAUCACCGAGGAGCUGCUGCACAGUCAACUCUAUCCGGAAGUGCCGCCGGAGGAGUUCCGCCCCUUCCUGGCGAAGAUGAGGGGCAUUCUAAAGUCUAUCGCAUCUGCAGACAUGGAUUUCAACCAGUUAGAGGCAUUCUUGACUGCUCAGACCAAAAAGCAGGGUGGCAUCACCGGUGAACAAGCUGCAGUCAUUUCCAAGUUUUGGAAGAGCCACAAGACAAGAAUCCGAGAAAGCCUCCUGAACCAGAGCCGCUGGGACAACGGACUGCGGGGCCUGAGCUGGAGAGUGGACGGCAAGUCGCAGUCCAGGCACGCAGCUCAAAUACACACCCCUGCUGCCAUUGUAGAGCUGGAGUUUGGGAAGAGUGGGCAGGAAUCUGAAUUUCUGUGUCUGGAAUUUGAUGAGGUUAAAGUCAAGCAGGUCCUGAAGAGACUGUCGGAGGUGGAAGAGAGCAUCGGCACGCUGAUGCAAGCAGCCUGACGCACGUGUGCGUGCGUGCGUGCGUGCGUGCGUGCGAUUGGAAGAAGUAUUGGAGUGUUCCUGAGCCUUGCCGCUGACCCUGUGACUCCUGUGUCCCCACUGGUGGUACCAACGGGCAUUGCAUACAUAUGUGAAAGUCUCAAAGAAUAAAUAAAAAACAUAUUUUAAAAAGUGACUUUAAAAAAAGAAAACCCCUCCAUU